CGCGCCCGCUCGGCAGUCGGUGGGCUGAAGUGAUGGUGAAAGGUUGUGUUACGUCUUGGUAUAAUAUGUCUUGCAAUCGUUAUAUCUCUUCGUCGUAUAUUUGCAACUGUUUCCUACCCACGUUCUUAAUAGCUACCCGGAGAAAAGCAGUGUAAUUAUUAGUGUGUUAUAAGUGUCACGUCUGAGAUCAAGAUGUACGAAGAUUCCAUGUACCCUGGAAAUGAAGUAUGGGAAAAAUUCGAGUUCCCUCCUAUGUCUUCGGAUUGGGAGGGAGAAUUCGAUUUAGAAGCCGCAACGGAGGAGCCGCAGGUGGUGCCCAGUCACGUGAUGGGUGGCCGGCAUGACUGCAUGUGGUCCGGAAUCUGCAGCAGCGAAAAGCAUAAGAAGCCGUGUUACGCAGUGGAUCCUGUGGUAGCUGUUACGCUAAGAGUGCGCCCCGUUAAAUCUAGCCGCAGCCUUCUGAGGACUACUCGCGCCAAGGCACCAACCACGUCCCCUCGUCCAGACACUCCCUCAGAAUCUGAGGAAGAUGAGCCCCCCGUGUGGAUUGGUGAAGUGUGUGAUAAUGAGGACCUGUCAGUUUCUGUGUCUGUGUCAGAGGUCACCGGUCAAAUCUUGAGGACAGGGAGUGAAUUCAAGACCCUUUCACCUCCUCCUUCCCCUGCCCGUGCAUUUUAUACGGACCAUAGCUAUCACAUAAGCAAGAGUGCUGUGACGUUGGAUAAUCUGGGCGUUCAAACCCCUUCGGACUCGGCAGACAGCGGCGAGAAUCCGGACUUCACGUACCCAGACAGUCCCGAAUCUUUGGAAUUUGAAGGGCCCCGGACUUCGGCCAGAAGAAGAGUGACUCCUAGAUUUUAUGAUCCUAGGGCGUACGACACAUCUUCGCAGUUUUCGGAAGCAGGAAAGCCUCGCAGAAGAACGCCGGAGACUCCCUCCGAGGUCAACUGUGAGACCCCUUACUAUCAUCAAAACUCUCUGAUAGUGGACGUAGAUGACGGCGAAGAGGAAGAGAUUGACGUAGUGUCAGUGGUGGAUAGAGAGAAGCUGACCACUCUGCCCACGAACCCCACCGCCAGGGACCGACAGCAAUUGCAACGCACAGUGGCAUCCGCCAUCCACCAACGUGCGUCGCGCGGCCAUAAACGGCCCUCCUCUGAUGAUGAGAAGCGUUCCUACAAAAGGCGUCGCGCGGGUGAAGACGGGGAAGACUCUAGCGAACGGCGCAACCAGCACAACGACAUGGAGAGGAAGCGCAGGGUAGACAUGCGCGACGCCAUCUCCAACCUGCGCAAGUUGGUACCCGCCGUCUCGGACAACAAGCGCGCAGCCAAGGUGCUAAUCCUGAACGAGGCCGCCGCGUACUGCCGGCAACUGCACGCAGUGGGAGAGCACAUGUCGCGUGCUAGGGAGGAACUGUAUAGACGCCAGAAGGUGCUGUCGGCCCGCCUCAAGGAGCUGCGCGUUCAGAAUGCGAAGAUACGUGGCAGUGUCGAGAAAUCACCCCGCAAAAAACGCAUGGGCAGCAGGUCAUGCCAUAACUUAGUUGGCUACAAGCUGGAUUCACACUACAGAAGCCCACAUUCAAUCCCAGGCGAUAACAUGGGAGAUCUGCAAUGAACAAAGUGGCACUGGAGAUGCGGAACUGCAACCCACCAGUGAAGACAGGCUGCAACACAGCGGAUGUUAGCAGCAUGCAGAAAGAAUAAAAAAUUGGCAUUAGAACACAGAAAGAAGCAGAGAUUGUGUUUGAACUUGAGAUAGCACACAGUAAGUGAGAGGUGCAGCCACUGGAAUGUUUUCUGCAAUACUGAUGCAUUCCACAGUAAUAUGAAGAAAACUAUAUUUUGAUAGUACAGUAUGGUUCCUCAUCCCAUAAUUAGUCACAUGAACAACACAUUUUAAAACUUGGAGUAGCACACAACUGUGAGUCAUUGACAUAAUUUGGAACUGCCCAGCAUUUGUCAUCUUAAUCUUUGGAAACUUAUUGCCCAUUCUUUUUUUCUGUUCUUUCAGGAAAAACAGUGCAAGAAUUUAUUAUUUGGUAGUGCAGCAGAAAACCAGUCUGCAUUAAUUGUUCUGAGAUGUUGCAGCAAGCUUUGUUUUCUCUUGUGAACAGUAGAAUUGUUUACAGUUUAUAACUAACAUUUCUGUCAUUUGGUUCUGAAAUGGAAGAGAGUUGAAUUUAUUAGGAAGUUGCAGAAUUAGAUACCACCUGUUUUUAUGAACUUGUGUGUUGGAAAAUGAUUUUGAACACAGUCUCCUACUUUAUUAUUUCUCUAAAUGAGACAUCAGAACAAAACAAGGAAAGUAAUUUAUUUUAUCACUGUUGUAACAGUAUAUCAUUUUAUACAGUUUGAAAUAAAUUGACAUUAUUUUAUAAGUUGUAAGCUCAUUCUUAUAUUUUGGUUUUGGGUGUUCCUGAAAAUUUGUGUACAAAAUUCAUAUUAUCUUAUAAUUUUAGAUAUAUUUUGGCAUUAAAUUAGGCAUUGCUUGUGUUAUUUUCUUGCAUUGGUGACAGCUGUCAUUGUCUCUUCUAGUGGAUUAAUUCCUGUUGAGAAUUUAAAAUGACAUUCUGUUUUGUCUUACUUUGCCCACUUAAUUUUGCUUUCAGAAGAACACUGGGAAUAAGCAAGUGUGGUGGGAAUAUAUAUGUAACUGUAGUCGAUAUGCUAGAUGCCAAAGUAUGUUCGCUCACUGUAGGCGACUUAACACAUUGUAUAUAUUGUAAUUAGUGUUGCAGCUUCUACAUGCAUUUUUCUAAUAACUGCCUCAAGCUAUUUAAAGAUUGAUGUAUGUUAACACUUGUUUUUAACAUUUUUUUUCAAUUUCACAUACUGGUUCAUAUCUCACUUUUCCGCUUUGGCAAACAUCGUUUGUUGAACACAAGAACGUAUGUUUUGUUUGAACCUUGUAUAGUCUAUUAAAUGCUAGUAAUAACAAUUUUCAUAUAUAUAUAUAUAUAAAUAAGAGCAGUUAUAUGAUAUAUAUUAUUUAUGUUAUCUUGUGUCCUGUGUACAGAUUUUAUAUUUGCUGUGAAUGUUGAGGUAGAAGGGGAUAUAAUUUGAUCGCUUGUGUUUGGGUUCACAGUAUUUUGUACUUUUUGAUAUAAGUAACAUUUGAUUAUAUUUGGAAGUUAGAUGAGUUUAACUUCCGAUACAGUUAUCAGUAUGAUGGCUCAUGCCAAUUCCAGGAUUGCUCAUUGAUUUGAUUUGUUUGUCUGUGAAACAUCAUUUUCUGGUUUGAAAAUUUCAGUGUCUAUGUUGUAGGGAACACAUUGGUAGGGUUUUGUAUCCAUCUGCCCCAUUAUUGACAUUAUUGCAAAUGGGCAGUGUUUGGAUUGCAGAUGCAUGUUAAAUGAGGAGUUUCAUCCCUCUACAGAAAUUAUAUUAGUAUCUGUACAAAUUUGGAUAUUUUUGUGAGUGAAAUGUGCCUUGCAGCUUUGUAUGAUACAGGUGAGAUGCAUCAUCAGGGUUCCCUGCCAGAGUGUCCACUGUAACAGCAAAAUUAAACUAACUUAAUUGUGAUAUAUAAAGGACGAUUUUGACCCAUUUCCUUUACAGAAAAAUACAAAACAAUGCAAUACCGUUUGCUGUAUAUGUAUAUCCAUUGUUGAACAUUACUUUGAGCAUCAUUUAGAACAUCGCUGGAAUGCAUAUAGGCAGAUAUUUCCAGACUGGUUUCACACAUACAAUAUGUUGGUCUGCUGACAGAAUUCAGUGACAAGUGCUCUAUUGUGGCUAGUAGUGUGCUGUCAGACAACUGAAAACAGGGAAUGUAGAAAAAGUUUUCUCCUCCAUUUAACAAAAGCUUUAUGCAUUUUGUACCUAAAUAUACCACAGUGUUAGUUUCGGAUGUGCUAAGCCAGGGAGGUAACAAGAAGUGUGAACACUCCUUUUGCACAUAAUUGCUGUGAAAAAGAAUAUGCUUCUCUUAAUACCAUGCAGUUGUAUUUCUGCUCCGACUUACAGUCCAAAAUUUUGCAUUGAUCUAAUAUCUUUUGUGAAUGUGUAUGUAGCAGUGUUACAAACAUUGGAAAUUAAAUUAUCAUCAUAAAAGAAUCUUAAAUGGUAACAUCACCUUUUGAUCACUUUAAAUGAGAAAAUUAGGAAGACAUAGCCACACAAUGAGACACUGGUGGAAAGAUUAUGGACCCAUGCUGUGUACAAUGAUUUCUUUAAUGUGCAAAAUAUUAGUAUGAAUAUUUUUAUUAUGUCUCAUCUCUGCCAUUAUAUAGCAUACAUAUAAUUCCUGAAUCUCGCCAGUCUGUACCAAGUAACCACAUCGUGGCCUGGAUGGUAUUGUCUGUCUUUGAACUGUUGUCAGGUGCGGUUGCAUUUAUUGAAAUAUUUUGAUUGCAAGAAUGUUUGAAAUUGAUGCUUUUUUAUUAUUUUAAAUAGUGUAUCAUGUUAAGGCACAUUUCUACAUAUUUGUCAUUUUUUAUAAAUGAAAUAUAAGUAUUGUUAAAAAAUGUGCUUAUUUUGUGACAGUUGACAAAGGUACUUAAGAUUAGUGGCCUGCAUAUGAGUGAGUGGAGUAUUACUGUAAAUCAGUUUCGUUGGUUUAGUUCCUGCAUAAAUAUAUAAUUAAUGCAAUA